GCUAAUUUUGCAAAACUUUUAUUGUCAUAGAUGGCAACACGUUAUACUGUUGCCAUGGUAAUAGCUUGAGUAGUAUUUGUCUUAGCGAGGUGGAGUAUUGAAGUUAAGCUGUGUUUUUAAAAUUUCCCGCAUAAUCUUUAUUUUUUAAUUUGAAUACGAAUUACCUAAUAUGUGUUUUCUAUAUCGUAAAAAUCUCACUAUGCGUAGAAAUUUGUUAUUGUAUUUUUGAGACUGAACUUUAGUGUUUGGAGUAACACAUUCCAUCAGAUGUUUUUCUUUGACUGCAUAAUUUCAGUAUGGAGAAUGCUCUUAAUGAAGAUCUUCCUGUGGGGAUAUAUCACACAAAAGACAAAAUUAAAAAUUUGAAAUUUAGGGUAAAAGUUAGAAAAAUAGCUAAUGCUUGUUUCUCUGAGAAAGAUUCUUUUGUAUUUGGAAAUCCAAAUGAACUUGAAUUGGUCAAUAUGAUGAAAGCUCCAUCUGCUAAAUCAGAACAAGAAUUUUGCUGGCAGGAAAAAAUUGAAAGAAAUAAAGAAGGUAAUUUAACUGAUAAUACAGCAAGAAAUAAUUCUAAAAGUGAAAAUCUCAUCAUUAGUUUGUUUUCAUAUGUUGAUGCUGAUAUUUUAUCUCCAGAAUGGAAAGGUAUACCACAUACUGUGCCAGCAUCAUCAUUAAGCUAUAUAGAAAAACAAAUGUUACAAUUGAAACCAAAGACAAGAUUACAAACUCAUGAAAUGAAAACAUGGCAAAAACCAUUAUUUUCUGGUGCUAAAAAAUUAGUAAAGGAAAAAAGCAAUAAGAAAGAUGAAACUUUUCCAGUGGGCCAAUCUAUGAUUAUUAUGGCAGCUCUAUAUUUUGAAGAUAGUUCUUCUAUUGAAGAAAUACAACUGUGCUCUUUACAAUUUGAUGAUCACGGUACUCUAAUUAUGGUCCCUGAUUUCACAAAACAAAAGUCAUAUGUAUUUUUGAACAGCAGAUCAGAAACAUUUGAGUAUGAAAUUGAAAAUGCUUCCCCAGAAUUGAGCAAUUCUGCUAUUGAACGGGAGAAGUAUCUUAAACAAAAGAUAGCUGAAUACAAGAAAAAAGUUAAGGAUGUUAAUUUUGGACCAGAAUUUAAGCCGGAUGCGCCAAAUGAAACAUUACUAUCCUUGAAUUGUGAAAUAGUUUCCGCCAAGAAUUUCCCAUUUAGUAACUUGUAUAUUCAUUACACAGUGUUGAUGCCCAAUGGUUGGAAUUCUGAUAGUUCUAUGGAAGGUGUGACUGAAACAUGUGAAUGUAAAACAAAAAGUAAAGAGAAUAUUGCUUACUUUGGAUAUUUAUUUUCAUUGGAUUUCACAGCCAGUACUGAUGAAAGUGAUUUGGUAGAUAAAUCUGUCAAAAUAAUAUUUGAAAUAACAUCAGUUGACUUUUGGGGAAAUUUUCGCAAUAUAGGAUAUGGAUUUGCUGAUCUCUUAUUAGUGCCAGGAAGUGAAGUAAUUAAUGUUUAUACUUGGAGAAUUGAGCCAACUGAUUUGAAAAGCAAACUUCAGUACUUCUUCAUUGGAGGAAUGCCUACAUUAACAGAUUUAUCAUAUGUGAUAAAACCUCAAGAUGCAAAAGAUGCUCAAUUAUCUAAAUAUGGUUUCCGAACUAUAACAAGUGGAUCGGUGGAAUUGAAAUACUCUAUCAUACGACAAAAUUGCAAAACUGUAAUUACUUAGGAGCAAUGCUGUCUUAAAAGCUGCAAGAAAUAUAAAGCCUUUCAGUUGUGAAUGAACAAAAUGUACAUACAAUAUAUUUUAACUUAAAAAGAAUGCCAAUGAAAAUAAAUUUUAACGAUCACUUUUA